CUUGUAAACUAAAAAUCAAGCGAUUGGUUAUUCCCUUCUUAAUCAACCAAUAUGAGUGCUCGAUUUUCAGUUUCUUAUUUCUCCUCUUGUAACUUGUGUUUACUUAUUUUUUUGGUCUUGUUAUGUUUGUGUUUAUCUGAUCAAAAGUCUGAUAAUGUAUUAUGCAUGGACAGCGAGAGACAAGCACUACUCGAGUUCAAGCACAACCUCAUAGACGAAGCAGAUCGGCUUGCUUCUUGGGAUGCUGAGAAUAAUGACUGCUGCAGAUGGGCUGGAAUUGUUUGUGACAACAUCACUGGCCAUGUUCAUGAGAUUCGUCUUCGUGGACAUGAUGAUCGUUGUGAUAGACCAUAUUCAUAUAAUCUGUUCAUGAAAGGCUUAAAGCAGAUAUUAAGGGGGAAUUUAAGUUCAUCCUUAUUGGAGUUAAGGCAACUCAAGUAUUUGGACUUGAGCUGCAACGAUUUUGAGGAGAUCCAAAUUCCAAGUUUCAUAGGUUCUCUUAGAAACUUGAGGUAUCUUAAUCUCUCUGAAUCGAAAAUUGUUGGGAUUAUCCCUCCUCAAAUUGGGAAUCUUUCAGAGUUACGUGUCCUUUCUCUUGGAAGUUCUUAUGGUUAUCCUCAAAGGACAUUAACAAGCAGGAAUUUACAAUGGCUGUCAAAUCUUCGUUGGUUGCAUCAUCUAGAUAUGAGUAGCACAAACCUUAGCAAAGCUACUGAUUGGUUUCAGGUGAUUAACGCUCUCCCUUCUUUGGUGCAACUACAUAUGUCUGGAUGUGGACUCAGAAACGCAUAUUCCCAUGUUCCAAGUCUUAAUGGGAACAAGAUCUCAGGAAGGAUACCUUAUUCCUUAAUGAACUUGUCAUCCUUAAGUAUCCUUCAACUUGGACAAAAUGAGCUUGUUGGAAGCAUUCCAGCAUGGUUUGGAACAAAGCUCAAUUUAUUGAGAAUUGUGAGCCUUAGGCACAACAAUUUGGAAGGAAAUAUUCCCCACGAGCUUUGUUAUCUUUCACUUACUCAAAUUUUGGAUCUUGCUCAUAAUAAUCUGUCAGGAAAUAUUCCAAGAUGUUUCAACAACUUUAGCAUCAUUUCAGGGAAAGAAACUGUCCCAGAUCUUCAGUUUUAUUUCAGUACGCAACAAGGAGGUUCCACUCAGGGUAGUGCUUCGUUGGUGAUGAAGGGCCGAGAAGACAGAUAUACAGGUUCUAUAGGACUGGUUAUGCUAUUAGACCUGUCGGUGAAUAAAUUUUCUGGGCAAAUCCCAAUUGAGUUAACAACCCUCCUCAAGUUAAAAGCGUUGAAUCUAUCAAGAAAUCAAUUGACAGGAAGGAUCCCAUACAAGAUUGGAGAUUUAAGAGCGCUUGAAACUCUUGAUUUAUCAGUGAACAAGCUCUCUGGGGAACUUCCCGGGAGUUUAUCAACCAUGUAUUCCUUGAGUAACUUCAAUGUGUCCUAUAACGAUUUGACCGGGAGAAUUCCAGUCAGUACUCAGCUUCAGAGCUUCAAUGAGUCGAGUUUCAUUCACAAUAAACUAUGCGGACCUCCUCUUACUGAGCCUUGUAAAAAUGUUGACACAAGAGAACACCAAAAAGAAGAUGAUGCAUCUAAUGGUGUAGAUUGGGAUUUGAUUAUAAGCAUUGUGCUCGGAUUCAUUGUUGGUUUUUGGAUCGUUGUGGCCCCGUUGAUAGUCAAGAAAUCAUGGAGCGUUGCAUAUUUUGGUUUCUGGAGUGAGCUCUAUGAUGUUAUACAUAAGUAUUUUUUCAAUAUGUUUUGUAAGUGAUUAAAUUGUUGUGAUGUUGUAAUAGGUUUUAAUGUUUUUGUUACAAGCUUGUAUUCGAGAGGACUAUUCAAUAUUGUCAUGCUUAACUAUGUAAUUUUGAGAAAAAAAAAAGAAC